UGCGCCGCGUCUGGGGAGGGCCGGCGUCCCCCACCCCCACCGCCGCCCCCAAGGCCUCGCCGCUGCGCGCGCACGCGCGCCGCCACCCGUCCCAGCGCGCCCGGGGCCAUCGUCUCCCGCGAGGCGGCCGGGGACCCCCCCGGACUCCCGACAUGAGCUCCCCCGACGAGGGGUCUGUCUGGGGCGCGGGUUUCGGCCCGGAGGGCGGGGCGCGGGCCGGCGUCCGCCCCGCCGAGCCCGGAGCCCUGCGGGCAGUCGGUCUAGGCCCUGCUCUGGGGGCGCCGCGGAGCGGCGAGGGCGAGGGCGAGGGCGGCUUCCCCCAGCCCGGGGGCCGCCCCAGCUGCCCGGCCGACGGCAGGGACGCGGCGGCGGACCGCGCGUCCUGCCCGGCGCCGCGGGCCGCGGCGAACGUCGUGCAGCAGCUGACCCGGCGGGGCGUCUGCAGAUACCGGUCCCCGGAGAGCUGCGCCGCCCGAGGCUCCACCGUGUGGGCGGGCCUCGAGCCAGGUGCCGGCGGCCCCGGCGCGCCUGCCCUUAGCUGGGUGGCGUCGCAGCCGGCUUCCGCCGCCCUGCUCCCGCUCCCUGGGCCCGAGGGCGGCCCGGCCUGGGGCAGCCCUAAAAGAGGCGGGAGGAGCAGGCUGGGCAGCCCUGCGAGUCGCGGGCGGCCCUCGGCGGGAGGCCCGUUCCGGCUGCCUUCCGACCCCGAGCCAUCAGACGAGGCCAGCGAGCUACAGCGGACGAGGAGAGCCUCGGCAGCUCCCCUGGACCCGGCCACGUUCCCGCCAGUCUCUGACGUCCCGCUGCUUGUGAGGUGCAGGAGGGCCAAGCAGUCCAAGCAGCCCGGCACUGGGAAGAAAUCUGUGGCCGGGAGGACAAUGGAGUCUCAGCCGGUGGAGGUGGCGGGAGAAGAUAUUGACCCAAACAGCGACCCAGCCCCGCGGGGCCAACCUCCAGGACACAGACCAGGGCCAUGUAGUCGGUGCGUGCGUCGUCCAGAAGGCAGCAGUGGCCACCUCAACACCAGAGCCGCUCCCCAAGUUGCGGGAAACCCACAGUGCUUGGCCCGGAGCCAGGGAAAUACGGUGCCCAGGGGGCCUGCACCCUCCGGUGACCAGGAACCACUUGACCGACCUCCAGGACGGCAAAGGCAGCAGCAACCACGUGGAGCACGGGGCUGUCCUCGGUGUCACGUGCUACAGAGAGAAAUAGGCGACCUGAAAGAGCACCUUGGAAAGCGUUGUCUGCCCUGCACGCGCGCACUGUCGACGCGAACGAGGCCUAGAGAUCUCCUCCUAUUGGGACGCUCAGAGAUGCCUCCUUGGUUUUCCCUGUACCGGCUGCUUGGUGUGCCUUGUCCGCUGCCGUGUGUUGGUUCAUUUGACGAGUUCCGAGUGGCUCCGACAUGCCCCAAAGCUGGAGACCCACUGGCACGUUUGGUUCUCGUUUAGAAAACAUUUCCCCCACGGAAUUCAGGUGGUGGGUGACUGAGUCCGGCCCGGGGCUGCUUGCACAGGGCCCGGAGGGGCUUCCAGGGGCAGGGCUAGGCCGUCCCCCCCGGGGACAGGGGCACGGGCUUCUAGAUCCCUGUGGGUGG